AUGCCCUCGAACUCGGGUUUCGACCUGGCCCUGGCCGCUGAGAGCCUCCGCGACGAUGUCAGGAGGUUGGCUCGAAUAAACGCAACCAUGCAUCCCCACGAAGCGGAGGACAAUGCGGCGGAGCUGCGGCGGCGCAUCGCUAAAACGGCCAAACAAAUUGCGUUCGAGACGGCGCCCAGGAUGGACGUCGUUAAGGAUGACUGGAUCGUGCUCGGUAGCGUCGCAGCAUGGAACAUCUUUAUCGACUGGAGAGCCUUCGACCGCAUCCCGCUCGAUGGGUAUAUCUCGAUCUCCGACCUCGCCCGCCUCCUGAAUGCGCAGGAAUCGCUCCCCGAAUAUCCGCCCAGCUCCUCGCCACCGGCAAACUCCUCCCCGGCCCCUUCCCCAACCCUCACGCACUCGCGAAUCUCGCCCUUCUACAUCGGGACCAACCCCCUCUCGGACACCUGCAUCGUCGCCGUCGGCAACGCCAUGAAGCCAUUUUCGCAGUGGCCGGAAUACUUCCGCGCCUACGGCCGCCGCGAGCCUGUAGGGCCGGGAUUCACGCCCUUCAGCUUUGGCUGGGGCCAUGCGCCGCUGCCGCCGUGGGAGGUUAAGGUCCUGUAUCCCCUGUACGCUAGCGCUUUCAUGAGGACUAUGCGUUCGAAGCAAAUCGCGGGCGGGGAUAUGGUUCUUACCGGGGAGGAGGCGCUGUGCGACUUGGAAUGGGUUGGCAUCGAGGCGCUCACCAUGGACGAAAAUGCGGCCGUCGUGGUAGAUGUGGGCGGGGGGUUGGGCCAGCUGAUACACCUUGUGCUGAGGGAUGUAGUGGGCCUCUUGCCCCGGCAGUGCGUGUUACAGGACCGGAGGGAGGUCAUUGAGGAGGCCAGGGCGGAGUUGAUGCGCCAUGGGCUGGAUGAGGUGGUGGUGAUGGAGCAUGAUUUUCAUCACGAGCAGCCGAUCAAAGGAGCGUUGGUGUAUCUGCUUAGGAGGAUUCUGUGCGACUACUCGGAUGAAAUGGCCACGGGGAUCCUGCGUCGUCUGGCCGAAGCGCUCCCUGCUGACAAGCCUAACGCACGGGUCAUUAUUAUAGAGGAGAGGCUGCUGGAGGUGCCGACACCGGAGAACUGCAUCGUAGACCUGGUCAUGAUGAACCUAGGCGGAAUGUUACGCAACUACGACAAGUACAGGGAGAUUGUCGCUGCGGCAGGUUUAACAGUGGUGGGAUAUCAUAUUCAGGAUGGAAAUCCUAUAUGCGCUGUCGAAUGCGUAAAGAUUGAGGGGGCAGCGUGA